CACAUAAUAUCUAUACCUGGGAACAAGGAGUUAUUUUAUUACCAGAUGUGACCAUUAAAAAGAUACUGUUAGAAAAACUGGUGGGAGGCCAGCUAGCUGAUUAAGUGAUACUCUUUUUCCUAAAAUAUAAAAAGCUUUGAGAAAAUAAAUUACAAUGUCACCAAUAUAGCGAGUGGUUAAUACAUCUAGUGAGAGUUGUUGUUAACAGGUAAUACUUCCUUCAUGGAAAGGUAGUCAAAUAAUUCCCAAAAGGUUGGCUGUGAAGAGGUUUCUUUGUUCAGUCUUUUAUUCCAGUUGGAUACACCAGAGAUUCCAUUCUAGGCAUCCAUGGUUGUUCACUUCAUAGAUCAUGUCCCAAAAUUGAAUUACUUAAAUCCCUUCUGAUUUGCUGGUAAUUACAUAGAAAAAUGUUAGAUCGGGAAAGUGAUGCCAGAGAAUGGCACCAUCGUAGUUGUACUAGUCCAUUUUCAUACUGCUAUGAAGAAAUACCCGAGACUGGGUAAUUUAUCAAGAAAAGAUGAUUUAACAGACUCAUAGUUCCACAUGUCUGGGGAGGCCUCACAAUCAUGGCUCCCAGGCAAGAUAGUGUGUGCAGGGGAACUGCUCUUCAUUAAACCAUCAGAUCUCAUGAGACUUAUUCGCUAUCAUGAAUAAAAUGUGAGGUUGGGAAAAUGCAUGAGGGUAACUAUGCGCAUGAUUAAAUUACCUCCCACUGGGUCCCUCCCAUGACAUGUAGGGGUUAUGAGUACCUCAAUUCAAGAUGAGAUUUGAAUGGGGACAUAGCCAAAUCAUGUCAAUAAUAAUCAUCUUUCUGACAAGAAAAUGACCUCUUUUUCUCUGUGCCAUUGGUUUCUGUAUCUUUUUAAAGCUUCUCUCUAUUAUCCAGCUGAAGGCAUGCCAUCACUCUCCUCUGUCUCUCUUAUAUCCUUGGUAUCAUUUUACCCAUUAUGAGCCUUGCAUUAAUGCUCACAGAAAAAUAAAGGGAUUUGACUAAAAUGAAAUCACUUUGUAUUUAAUCUGUUAAUGGCUUUUAUUCUUCCUUCGAUAGAAACAACUUGCCAAAAAAUCACAAAUAUACACAGUUAUGGGAAAAUGUAUUCAGAGUAUAUAAUCAUACCCUAUUAUUUGUCUUUGACCGUGAAAGUAUUUAAUCAAGAGACUUGUUAAAUCAGAGAUUAUACAAAUUAACAUAACAUUCAUUCUUUGAAAUUCCUUCAAGAAAGAAAAGCUACCUUUGAAGCUGAAGUGAAAUACAAAAACUGUCUCUGUGUCAAAUCCAUCUUAUUUAAUGAUCAGUACAUGUGUUUCGUAUUUUACAUGUGAAUGACCCACAAAAAACCAUAAAACUUAUGUAAGCAGAAUAAAAGGAAAUUAAAAGUACAGAAAAGAUUCAUAGAAUGAAUUCAGUACAUAGAAACAAGCACACACACCCACACACACGCGCACGCGCGCGCACACACACACGCGCACGCGCGCACCCACACCCACACCCACACGCACGCGCGCGCGCGCGCGCGCACACACACACACACACGCAAGUGCGCAUGCGCCAAACAUGAAACUGCCAAACCAAGGAGAAUUUAUUUGUUUAAGUUUAAAACAUAGAGAAGCCAACAAUUUAAUCUGGCAGAGACUUCAGUGGAGGUUACUGUGGCUAUGCUGUAAAAUACUUUUCUUUUUCAGAGGCUAAAGUCCACGGCAGGACUAAACUCCACUGCAGGACUAAACACUACUGCAGGACUAAACUCCACUGCAGGACUAAACUCCACUGCAGGACUAAAGUCCAUGGCAGGACUAAACUCCACUGCAGGACUAAACACUACUGCAGGACUAAACUCCACUGCAGGACUAAAGUCCAUGGCAGGACUAAACUCCACUGCAGGACUAAACUCCACUGCAGGACUAAACACUACUGCAGGACUAAACUCCACUGCAGAACUAAACUCCACUGCAGGACUAAAGUCCAUGGCAGGACUAAACUCCACUGCAGGACUAAACACUACUGCAGGACUAAACUCCACUGCAGAACUAAACUCCACUGCAGGACUAAACUCCACUGCAGGACUAAACUCCACUGCAGGACUAAACUCCACUGCAGGACUAAACACUACUGCAGGACUAAACUCCACUGCAGAACUAAACUCCACUGCAGGACUAAACUCCACUGCAGGACUAAACUCCACUGCAGGACUAAAGUCCAUGGCAGGACUAAACUCCACUGCAGGACUAAACACUACUGCAGGACUAAACUCCACUGCAGGACUAAAGUCCAUGGCAGGACUAAAGUCCAUGGCAGGACUAAACUCCACUGCAGGACUAAACACUACUGCAGGACUAAACUCCACUGCAGAACUAAACUCCACUGCAGGACUAAACACUACUGCAGGACUAAACUCCACUGCAGGACUAAACUCCACUGCAGGACUAAAGUCCAUGGCAGGACUAAACACUACUGCAGGACUAAACACUACUGCAGGACUAAACUCCACUGCAGGACUAAACUCCACUGCAGGACUAAACACUACUGCAGGACUAAACUUCACUGCAGGACUAAACUCCACUGCAGGACUAAAUUUCACUGCAGGACUGAAUUCCACUGCAGGACUAAACUCCACUGCAGGACUAAAUUCCACUGCAGGACUGCCAUUCUGGGAGACAGCUUCUAUUCUUGGGCUUCACGGGUACCUGGACAUUCUUUAUUUGACUGGUCAGAGCAAGAACUAACAGUUAUUAAAUACUUCUGAGGAGAUCCCAGCACUUUGGGAGGCCGAGGUGGGUGGAUCACGAGGUCAGGGAUUGAGACCACCCUGGUCAACAUGGUGAAACCCCAUCUCUACUAAAAAUACAAAAAAUUAGCUGGGCAUGGUGGCACGUGCCUGUAAUCCAAGCUACUCAGGAGGCUGAGGCGGGAGAAUUGCCUGAACCCAGGAGGUGGAGGUUGUGGUGAGCCAAGAUCGCGCCAUUGCACUCCAGCCUGGGUAACAAAAGUGAAACUCCGUCUCAAAAAAAAAAAAACAAAAAAUACUUCUGAGGAGUCUACCUCCCUCGCACCUCAUCCAGUCUCUGUGGACUGAGUCCCCAAAACUCACCGUGUGUGCAUGUGAUCAUGUGUGUACAUGCCUGUGUUGGGAUGAGGGCAGGAUAAAAUUGUUCUUUCUCUGUUCCGCACUUCACUUUGAAAAAGAUGAGGAAAGAGUCUGGCCUCCAGUGUGGGCCAGAACUGGGUUUGAAUCACAGCUCCAUUCCUUGUUAAUACCUGUGUGACCUUCAGUGAAUCUGUUUCCAUAUAAUGGAGACAGUAAUGUCAAGGACUGGAGAUAAUUUGUGUAAAGCACCCUGCACAUAUUGGGUCUCGUUGUGAACAGUUAAUAAAUAGAAGUAAUUAUUGUCACUAUAAAAACUCUGAUGUCACCAUAUUCAGUGUAUUACAUCUAUGGAAAACUUAUUAAUAGAAACAAAGUAGUUAUUUUUCAGUAUCAUUUAAAAAAGAAACUGUUUAGACCCUCAGCUUCAUGAGCACAGUAGACUCUGUGUAGGUGCUGCCAGAAGGAACUUUCAGAGCUCAGCUCUAUCUUUGUAGUUUAUUAAUCUGCUACCAUGGAAACAGUUAUUUAAUCCUUUAAAAAGAAGAAAACAGCUGUAAAUAAAGCACUGUUUCAAACAAUGUAUUGGUAGUGGGCAGCAUUUCUUUCUUUCUUUUUUUAAAAAAAUAUAAUUUCUAGGUAACUAACCUCAUUUUUGGCAAUCUGAUUUGGGUUUCCAUGGAAACAGAAGUGACAGCUGCCGCCUCCAAACUCUAGUAACUGGUGGGGCUUAGGUUAAGUCUUGCAAAUGUCAGUUGUCCCAAGGCACCUAAAAGAGCCAACAGAAAUAAGAGUCAGACGAUCUUCAGGGAAAAAGAAGGAAUAAUAAAUAAAACAUUUACAAAAUUCACAAUGUUGUGGGUUUGCGGAAAAGCAUGUGUAAUGGACAGGGAGAGAGAGACUCAUGGAUGUAAUUUACAGUUAGGGGUUAUGUGACCUGGCCUCAUAUUAAACACCUUUUUCUGAAUGGCUAACUGACCUAGUUCCUAUGUAGUUUUGUUAUACUUAGUGCAAGAAUAUAGGGAAAGGCUGAAAGCUUAGAGGAUUAAUAAAAUAUCACAUAACGGGCCUAUUAUUUAUUAGCAUGAGAACUAAAUGUGAAAGAAGACAAAUGAAUAUGUGUAAAAGCCAAACUUAUAAAGAUAGAUGUGUUCAAAUGGCAGAGGCCCAAAUAUUUCUUUGUGGGCUCCCACUGUUGGUCUUUGUAGAGAUUUUCCUAAUUUCUGAUAUUUAACAAUAAUGUUAUAUACCUCCUAGAAUUGUUGGUAUAAAGGUAGUUUUAGUUGUUUUUAGAAAGACUUUCCAGUAAUUCUACAUCUCAUCAGAGGGAGAAAAACCAGAAUUUCACUUGCAUUUCUAACAUGUAUUCUAAAACAACAGACCUUUUUUCCCUAACUUAGGUAUAUUGUGAGUAUGUGCAUGUGAGCUACAUCUUUAGGAGAAGAGCUAUACCUCUUAAUUGUUUUGUGAUUGGUGAAAUCAUCCAGUCUAGGUCACUCUGACCACCAGAUCUUUGAGUAAAAGUUUUACUUGGGUCCUGUAGGUGUUUACAGAAUUUUCUUUACAAAUAUCUGAAGGGGUUUUCAUAAACGGAGAUUUUUAUAAGGAAAACAAAAACGUUUAGUUGAGGACUGAGUUUGCUCUGGGCAUGAACAAUAUACAGUUUUGCAACAUUUAAGCAUAAUAUUGAAACAUGAUACCUGGUUUAAAAAGUAACCAAAUUUUUAUCCCAUGAAAAAUUAUUUUAUUAUAUAAACAUUUCUUUAAUUAUUUGCCUGAUUAUGAAAAUAUUGUAUACUCUUUCUAAAAGGUUUUUAUAAGUGAAGCAAAUGAAAAAUAAGCCACCACCAAUUUCUCUUUCUAGUUACUAUUUACAGAUAAAGCAUGCACUA